GAUUGAACCCGAAAAUGAAAUAACGGCUUCCUUUCCUCUACGACAACACUAGGUAGGUACCAACAUCUGUCGAAAUGAUCUCCGCGAUACUCAGCCCCAUUGCUACCCCAUUAACUUCAUGUGUCUCGUCUUUCUGCAGCCUCCUCGACCUCACCAAAUUUCCUAGCGAACCCACUAGCCUUUAUUCAAGAUCGACCCUACCCGGCAUCACGUUUCUAUCAAUCAAAAAAGCUGUCUAGUCGUUUUUCUCCUUUUACUCAUUGUAGUUCGCACAAGCUUUCCUCGUCGUUGUCAUUUCCUUUUGGUUUUCAGCGUACUAUGAAUUUUCCCAGCACACUUUUAGUAGACAAGACCUAGUAGAGCAGGUGCAGGACCUAACAUCAAGGCACGAGCACCCCUUUUUUCGAGAGCGUUAGUGCAAGUCGACAAAAACAAACACCGACAUAAAAAAAUGGGGUAUUACGGGCUGGGACCGGGCAUGCGGGUCGCGGACCAGCUGUCCACGUUUGAGAAAGCGCUGCGCAACGUUCCCCUGGACCAGCACUACAUGACGUUGGAUUUGCUGGAGACCCUACUGAAGAACAUCGCCCAAAAUCCGCGGGAGGAAAAGUUUCGGAAAAUCAAGCUGACCAACCCGAAAAUCGGGGCCGCCAUCACGUCGGUAAUACCCGCCCUCGAGGCCUUGUUCGCGCUCGGCUUCCAGAUCGACCAAACCGCGGCCGACGGCACACUUUUCCUGGUCCUCCCGGAAACCAUCAAGCUCACCUUCCCGGCCCAUGUCGCGAAGGUCAUCGAUGCUCGCGACGACUUUUUCCGCAAGGAAGUCGAGAAGAUGCGGGUUGCCAAGGGCUUGGGGCGUGUUGCGCCCGCGGGGGAAGGGAAGCCGGAGGACCCGCGCAGCACGGCGGACAUCGAGCAGGCCACCACGGCAAACCUGCAGUGGAUAAAAACCACCGACACGAAAGCUUACUACGUGGGCGCGUGA